UGGAGAUUAUGAUACAACAAAACAAAUAACCCACUGAAAAGGUACUUAUCUAGUGUAAAAUUAUUAUUAAGAUAUGUCCAGUUCAUAGAUUAUACACUUAAUAUUAUAUGAGUCCAGUUUGUAAGCGGCAAGGAACACACUACUACAAGAGUUAGUUCAUUUAAUUGAACAGUUUUUCAGGCGGAAACUUGUCAGUUCUGUAAAGGGCAUCGGACAAAGAAGUUCAGUUUUAUCAAGCGGAAACAGUGCAAGGAAAAUGGCGGCCGUCACUGCUCCGAACGCACAAAAAAUGCAUUUCACGAAGACCGAAGGGGAAUACAAUAUGAAAUCUAUCCGGUUUUUACUCCUAAUGAUUACUACUAUGUUUAUUAUAAUAUCCGGUUUGAUGGUAGUGAUGGGAAUAUCAGUCUACUCUCACUACCAUAGUUUUUCGUUUUUCUACGAAAGCGCCAAGACUGGAAGGUUCUUAACUCCAUCAGUGCUGUGCAUUUUCUUGGGUCUUGCAAUGUUCAUAGUUUCCUUCUUUGGAUUCUUCGGUAGUUUGAAACAGAGUACUUGCAUGGUUAACUUGUACGCUUUCGUUCUCGCUUUGAUCCUGCUAAUAAAACUGACCAUUGUGAUUCUCGCUUUCACGAUGGACUCGAAUCUAAUCAUGAAGUACGUGGACAUCCCGGUGUGGGACUACGUAAACGAUCCCGAGAUUAGUGACGAAAUUGACAGCCUACAGACUUCGCUCGGCUGCUGCGGAAGCAAUUCCUAUAUGGACUAUGUGGGAAUGGAAUUCACAGAGAAACACUCUACUGUCGUUGUGUCUAAAGAGGUUGACGGGGAUCUAGUUACGUUGGUGAUCCCCAGUAGUUGCUGCGUCAGCAACGGCGAUGCUUUCUGCACGAGGAUGUACUCGACCAGUUGCAAAACUGCAUUGGUCAAUUUAUUGGCGCAAAAUGCAAUCGUGAUCGGUGUACUUGGCGUCUCGGUGAUGUUUAUUCAGUUACUGGGCAUCGUAUUCGCUCUACUUUUGGCACGUUGCAUUCGUAAAAUGAAAAGCGAGAGGGCGCUGAUGGCUUGGAAAAUUCGAGAACAAAUGAUAAUGGCGCGAGCGGCAGAAGAAUCAGCGAAAGAUAAUACAUUAAACAUCGGACACAAUGAAAUUAGUGUAGCAUAAAUAUAUUAUUGAUGUUACGCUGUGGAAUUAUUGAAGUUAGAUGUUAUUUAAGAUUAUUCUGUUCAUCACUAAUUACGUAGGUAUAUACCUACCUAUCUAUCGUACAUAUAUCGCAGUGCAAAGUACCUAUUGAUCUAAAGACAAUAUUAUGAUGAUAAUAUUAUUUGCUUUGUCAUUUGUGUUAUUAAAUUGAGAUCAUACCUUGAUCUGAUCUAAAGAGAACAUUUUAAAACAGAACUGAACUUACUUAACUGGA